AACAAAAAUUUUUAUUUAGGACAAGCAGAAAAAGACAAAAUGUAAAAAGAUAAACAAACCUUGCUCGUUACGCCACCGUCGUCGUCUUCCACAUCUUUAUCUCUUCUCACAGAUCAUUUCUCUGACAACAUUAAAGUUCGUUUCUUUUUCUUUCUUUUUGCUCCUGUGAGCUCUAAAGUUGUCUCCUUUUACCAAAACCAUGUCUUCCACCUCUUUCACCGACCUCCUUGCUUCCUCCGGCGUUGACCCCUACGAACAAGACGAAGACUUUCUUGGUGGGUUUUACCCGGAGGAAACCGGGUCGGGUUUACCUAAGUUCAAGACGGCUCAACCGCCUCCUCUUCCGAUCUCGCAAUCUUCUCGCAGCUUCGCCUUCUCCGAGUUGCUUGACUCUCCUCUUCUCCGCAGCUCCUCACAUAGUUUGAUAUCUCCAACGACCGGAGCGUUUCCAUUUCAAGGCUUCAACGGAUCAGAUUUUCCCUGGCAGUUACCAUCGCAAACGCAAACGCAACCGCAAAACGCUGCUUCCGCUUUGCAAGAGACAUAUGGUGUUCAAGAUCUCCAGAAGAAGCUGGAGGAUCCGGUUCCUCGUGAGGGUAAGGUACCAUCGUACAUGGUGAGUAGGAACUCUAACGACGGUUACGGUUGGAGAAAGUACGGGCAGAAGCAAGUGAAGAAGAGCGAGAACCCUAGGAGUUACUUCAAGUGCACGUAUCCCAACUGCGUUUCCAAGAAGAUCGUUGAGACUGCUUCUGAUGGUCAGAUCACUGAGAUCAUCUACAAAGGUGGUCAUAACCAUCCUAAGCCUGAGUUCACCAAGAGACCAUCAUCAUCAGCGAGAAGAAUGUUUAAUCCUUCUUCUGUUGUUAGUGAACAAUCAGAGAGUUCAUCGAUCUCGUUUGAUUAUGGGGAGGUAGAUGAAGAGAAGGAACAGCUUGACAUUAAGAGACUGAAAAGAGAAGGUGAAGAUGAAGGGAUGUCUGUAGAAGUAAGCAGAGGAGUGAAGGAACCAAGAGUUGUUGUUCAGACAAUAAGUGAGAUUGAUGUUCUUAUAGAUGGCUUUAGAUGGAGGAAGUAUGGUCAAAAAGUUGUCAAGGGGAAUACUAACCCAAGGAGCUAUUACAAGUGCACAUACCAAGGCUGUGGAGUGAGGAAGCAAGUGGAAAGAUCAGCAGAAGACGAGAGAGCGGUUCUCACUACCUAUGAAGGAAGGCACAAUCAUGAUGUCCCAACCGCGCCACGUCGCUCAUGAAAACAAAACAUUCUUGGGGCUGAAGUUACUAGUAAUAUCAUUUAGGGUUUGGAAAAUAAGUCUUACUAUGGCUGUCUUUUGUGCUCAUUAUAGUUUGUUUAUUUGUUUGUAACACAGUCAGUACUUUGUGUUGUCAGAGUGGUGAUUACUGAUUAGCAGUUGUUUUUUAUAUAUCUUCUUGGCCUUAGAGAACCUCACUAUACAUAUGUUCGACUUGUUAACACUUGAGAUUCUAUUAUAGUUUCUUGUGUUUGGUCU